AUGAUGGCCGAGUAUAUUAUGGUGGUGCUAUCCCCUCCCCUCAACGACCUGGCGACAGUGGUGAGGGCCUGGGUGAUACAAGGUGAAAUCUUUCCGCCGGCAUCACCUCACGGAUCAAGUCACCGAAGUCAGAAACCUUCUUGCACCAUUAACGAGAAAGGGCAUCGAAACUUCCUCUUUUACAAGCCGGUAACAUCCAUCACUGGACCAACUGAUGACAUUCCGGUCCCUCUCAUGGCACAAGAAGGUGAAGGCCUGGGCUACGAAUGUGAGCUAGUUGUCGUGAUCGGCAAGGAAGCCAAAGACGUGCCUGAAAACCAAGCUCUAGACUAUUAUGUUCUUGGCAAUGCUGUUGGCAAUGAUGUUUCUCACAGACACUGGUAA